AGAAAACUAGUGGAGCACUCAAUUAAAGUGAUAAUAAUCAAUUGAAACGAGUGAUUUCAACGAAUGAGCCGACGAAACGUGUAAAGAAAUGGAGACUCGCGAUGAGCGAACACUUUCUCUUCUCCAUUUGCGAAAAACGUUCUCCGAAUAUCUGAAAAUUCCAGUAUCAGGCAGUCGAAGCAAUGAUCCUUCAAGACUUUUGCCUCUUUUUCACAAGGUCAUGUCAAUGUACACACCACAACAAUUAAAUGCGGAAUUCAAAGAAGUCGUUCAUUUUGCCACGUUUUUGUGCAGUGUUCUUGUUAAAGAAGUUCGACAGAGAGCCGCGAGUACUGGAACUAUUGAGGCAGCACAAAGUAUCGCAGAAUUCCUGAGGCCUGGAACAGAACUGAAAGGAUACACGAUUUUAGAGGCGAUUCGGUUUUUGUUGUCUUCAGAAGAUGAAAUAAUGAUAGACGCUGCGUGUAAAGUAUCACUUCCAUCAACUCUUGUGAAGACCAUUUACUUAUUUUUCGAUCUUCCCGCAGCUGCGACUACAGUUACUGUAACAGAUUUAACAGAGAAUGCAACAGAAACAGAAGACGAAAUGUUGAAGAAUAAUGAGAAGCUUCACGAUAUGAUUGGACAGAUUAUGGAGGGAUUGUGUAGAUUCAAAUGUGUCAGUGAGGAAUUGGUGAGGAAGGAUGACUUACUGCUACUUUUUGUUGGAACAACGUCUCAAGUUGCCGAAGCGAAUAAUUGUUGGAGAAAACUAUGUGCAAGACUUUUGGAAGUUAUUGCAGAUAAGUCAAUCACGAAUGCCGUUAUCAAAUAUGUAAUUGUCAAGAAAUGCGUUCGAAUAUUUGUCAAAAAUCUCUCCUCAGCACCUUCAAACUCACAUUCUGAUGCCCAGAAAACUGCGGAAUCAAUUAUUUGCCUUUCGUGUUUUUUGAAGAAUUCUGCAUAUCUAACCGAUCAACUAUUGGACGAAUUUUACGAAGCCGAUGGGUAUACGGUCAUCAAGGAUUUCCUAUUAAAAAGUGAAACUGACAAUGAAAUUGUUCGAAACAUUCUCCUCAUGGCAAUAUCAUUGGUGAAUAGUGGGAAAUUUGAAAUUACACCACAGUAUACUUCUGGUCUCGUACAACUUCCCGCAUUUCAACUACCAAUUCCUGCUGGAAAUGGGCUCAGUGUACGGAAUCUCAACGCAUUUGCACUUCUUUAUCACGUUUUUCUAGAGAGCACCUCCGAAUCCACGUCAUGUACUGUAAUUGACAUACUACACUCUAUUUAUACAUGUGAUCCGGCCAAUUAUUUUAUUCUUGAUAAGGAAUAUCCGUUAUCAAUAUUCAUUGAUCAACUGGAACGAAAGCCUCAUGCAGUACGAGUUAAACUGCUCGAGCUCAUCGAAUUUGCAGUUUUUCAAUUGAGCCAUAUUCCGUGUAGAGAGCUCAUUAGCUUAUGCGUCCUUCUAAAAACCGAAAUAUCGGCUGGAAAAACUGCAAUGUGCACGAUAAUUGUUCAAAUGUGCUUCAAAUUGAUCACAGUGGAUGCUAUAAUUAAAGAUGCAUUCCGUGAAGUUGGACUACUAGAUGCUCUUUGUUUCAUAAUUCGAAGAAUGUUUGAAAUGUAUGAAAAGAAUAUUCAAAAUGCUUCAUUCACUGUGACAUCAACAUCAUCUCGAUCACAGGAUCAAUUGAAAUUAUCACUGUUGACAACUGAUUUGUUAACGAUUAUUAUUAAAAAUAACACUGAGAAUGGGAAACUUUUCACUGAAUGUUUCGGAGCAAAACUUUUAAUUGAAAUUGUUUGUGAAGUGAACGAAGAAUGGAGAAGCUCAUUACUACAACUUGUCAAGCAAUUGCUCAUUGUUGCUCCAACGGAUCAGUAUAUUAUGCAUCUUGUUAAUACGCUACAAGAUCGUAUUCCAAUUGAAAAUUUGGAGGUGAUGUUUAGUCUGCUCAAGGCACUACUGGGAGUUGUCCGUGAAUCGCACAAAGUUCGAAUUCAAUUCCGAAAAUCUGGUGGAUUCCUAGCACUGUCGGCUCUUCUUUUGGGUCUCGAGAAGAGAUUUACAGAUUUACAUCCAGCUGGAGAUGGAAGAAUACCGAGGGAGCAAUGCCAAAUGCUCGAAUUUGUGCAUAUCAUUUUCAAAGUUUUUACUUUGAGCAUGCGAUUUGAGCCUUCGAAUGCCAAGUAUUUCUCGACAGAGAUAACAUGGGACAGCAUCACAUCUCUCCUCCGGCUUACAUCAAUUUUCAACGAAUCCACCGUAAUAUCAAUUGAAGAAACUGAAUGGAAAUCUCUGACUCACACAGACCUGGCAUCAGAAAUUGCUGCCUGUCAUGAAGUUUUUCGAUUAGAUGAUAAUAUUGAAGCUGGAAAUGUUCCGAAAGGAAUGCCAUUCAAUAUUUAUUUUGGAUGUUAUGUGUGUCGAUUGAUAUUUAAUAUGGCACUGGAUAAUUAUGAGAAAAUGACAAGUGAUAUUAGAUGGAAUGAUGAUGGUGCAUCAUUGGAAGAAUCAAUUGUUUCAUGGACUUCAUCACUUUUAGUACAUCCUGGAGCAAUUAUUUCGAUGCUUUGCCUACUACCAUCAAUAUCUGCAUCUUCUAUGAAAUGGACUAUUGCAGCACAAUACUAUGUUUCACUUUUACUCAAAGCAAUUCUUAAAUCGGAAAGAAAUCAGCAGAUAAUGUGUCAAGUUGAUAUGCCGAAACAUUUGUUGAGGAUUGCUGAAAAACUAUUUCUCACUGAAAAUCAUAUUCUUCUACAGCCAUUUUAUUAUCUUCUCGAACGGCUCAGCUAUCAAUCAUUGACUCCUAAUCAGUUGAGAAGUUUCCUCCGCCUGGACAGCCCCCUGUGCUGUAGAAGUUUAGAUGACGACGAAGACGAUGACGAUGAUAGUAAAAUUGAAAUAGCAGAUAAUGAAGGAGGUCCAGUACCACUUCAAAGAGUAAAAGCACUCGUUUCAAUGAUGACUCCACGUGAUCAGUAUAUUGGAACAGCGCCAAGUUUUGUGGAAUUUGAUAUGUCUGUUGAAGGAUUUGCAGCUUUAUAUCUUCCAUCUUUGGCUCCAAUGUUUUCAACAACUAAAGCAGAAAGAAUUUUCCCCCCACUCAAUGGAUUCUCCUUCUGCACAUGGAUCUACCUUGAUGCUCUUUCGGACAAGAAAGCAGAUGCUCAUCCGAUUCGACUGCUCACUGUUACACGCGCCGUGGCUCCACCGAACUCUGACCCACCAUCCAAGAAACCAUCGCAGACAGCACAUCUCGCCUGCUUUCAGUGUCAAUUCUCGGCGUUUGAUCGAAGUUUGCUGAUUUCUACUGAAGAAAGUGAUCAACCUGGAGCGGAUUUGGAGAAGACUGCCAAUUUUCAGACUGAUAAGCUGAUCAGAAUCACAUUGGCCGAUCAAGUUCGAUGUGGAGAAUGGUUUCAUUUGGCUGUAGUGUUCAAUCGAUCCGUAUUGAAAUCAUCACAGGUAUCACUCUACUUGAACGGCCGUCACAUUUCAACGCAAAAGCUGAUGUAUGUAGCACAAAAUGCUGGAGGAGCAGCCACUCAGCUGGCACAAACAUACUCGGUGAAUGCAGUUGUUGGCACAUUGCCAGCUCUCAGAAGGCCUAGCAGGUUAAGAUUCCGCCUGGCUUCGAUAUUCCUCGCCGAAGAGCCAAUGACUGCGGAAACAGUUCGAGCUGUUGUACAGCUUCAACCUCAUUAUAUUGGAAAUUAUCAAACUGCCAGUACAGCUCCACUAUUCCACGAGGAAAAGAUAGUCUUCUCACUGUCAGCAGCUGCUACACAGGAAUUAACGCUUGCAAAGAUUCGAACAAUGUAUGGGAAAAUGGAUGCAGAAAUUCUUUCACAGCAUCUUGGAAUAUCACCAAAUGAUCACAGUACUCCACUUCGUGUACUCUGUAACACAAUAUCUCAUGCUCCUGGAGCAGGUCGUACAUUCGGUGGAGUUAUUGUUGGAUACCUUGGAAUGCGAACGUUUACACCUCGACCCGUGCCUUCGUUGUUGGAUUCGAUUGGAGGAUUCGCAAGUGUUUAUGGACUCAUCGCAAUGGCAGUUGACUCUGAAGGUCUCUAUGCCUCACUGAAGUCUCUUGUCUCUGCAAUCCGCUCUCAACCUCGCCUCCUCGCCACGUGGAAUAACAAUCGUUCAUAUCAAAUCCUGGCAGUUCUUCUAGAAGAUAAGGCUAAAAUGCUCAAUUCUCACAUAAUGCAUAUGGUAUUUAACGUGACUGGAACUGCAGACACAUCUCGAGAACACGCUCCGACUAUCUCAAAUCCAUCGGCAUUUGAAGAUCUUUUAUGUGACCUGAAAGUGUGGAAAGGAGCACCCAGUGAGCUGCAUAAGAUGCUGUUGGAGCAUUUUUAUGAGCUUAUUACAGACCACCAACUGAACAAUCUUCAAGUCGUUCGUAAAUCAUCUCUUCUAUCUCGAAUCUUACUGAUUAUUCAUGAUGAGCCAACAAUGAUUAAGAAUACGGAUGAGAUUAUAUUCAAUUUGAUAUCUGCAAUUAUGCAGCCACAAUGUGAUAGUCGAAGUAUAUUGAAAAUUGGACAAAGUAUUGCAGCGACGCUUCCAACUAGCGAAUCGGAAUGCUAUGAAGAUUCCCAUCUGCCAUUCCACAUUUCCGAAAUUCAAAAAUUAUUCAUCGAGUCAUCAGAUCCUCCACCAGAAGCACUACAUCAAGUCUACAUUCGGAAUCGACUUUUAAACAUUAUUGCCAAUUUCCUUGCCAACUCAAAUACUCAAGUUCAACAACAAAUGUGUGAUCAACUCGUUCGAACUCUAGGAUUUGAUUGGUUAUUUGCAUUAAUGUCACCUGGUGUUCAUUCUGGAACUAUAUAUCUUGCUCUUCGAAUCCUUUUGCUCAUUCUCAAUCAACCAUCCCUACUGGCUCGAUUCAAGGAAGGAUCUGCAAAUGGUGGAUGGCUAUCUGAAGCUGAUUCAGUUGUUCGGAAUCGUGCAGCAGUGGUUCUGGGAUUCUCAGUAUCGGCUCACGGUGGAGCUGUUGGAUCUAAAAUUGACAUCAAUCCAGAGUUAUCGAAUUGUGGAGGAUUUGCCGCGUUGGAGCAUCUGAUGGCUGCGCAUGCCGACAAACCGUAUCCAUACUAUGCAAUGUUGUCCUUACUUGUGGGGCAGCCUAUUUCAGCGCUGAGAUUCUGUGAUCAAUUCAACAUGGAACUCGUAUGGACACAUGUCUUUGGUCUCAACUCGACGAGCUCUGUCUUUGAAGCUAUAAACUCUGCGAACUUUUGUUUCGAUGCAAUAAUCCCGUUGUUCGCAAUGAUUCGCACGUCGAUCUAUCACCAAUCAUCCAUUCAUCAACCAUGGACAGUUACAAAUCCAUCGACUGUAGUUCAAAUGAUCACAUUUAUGUAUCAGAAUUCUCCAGCAUUCUUCAAUAUUGCACAUACUGAUGAGUUCAUUCUUGCAUUGUUUUCUACACUUAUUGAAGAUACAAAUGCAAUGGGAGUCAAGUCAGAAGUUGCGAAUAGAAGAAGUCAGGAUGGAGGGGGAUCUCCUGAUGCCGAGUAUUUUCAAGCUUUCCUCGCUCAACCAAAUGUGCGAAUUGUGAUGGAUCUUCUCAAAAAGAUAUGCUGUGACAAUCUUCAAGUGAAUACUUCCAAAAAUGACACAAUUAUUGACGCGAUUCUCGAUAACAUUUCGGAGAGUGGAAAUACGCGAAAAACACAAAUCGCCUGCCUGACUUCUCUACUUCAUUCGGUUCUUGAACAUACUGUUGGAACAGAUCUUCUCUCAUCAUCAGCUCUUCCUCCAAACACACAAGCACAGAAUAUAGUUCAAAUAGUCGCCAAUAUCUCCUUACUAUCAUCUCGUGCUGUUGAUGCAUUCUGGAAUGGAUUAGUAUUUGGAAGUGAAUCAAUGAGAAUGUUAUCAACACUUUAUCAUCUUCAAGUGAUUGCAAGUAAAAAAGUGAAUAAAGCAGUGAAUGCGGAACCGAUUACUGGAUGUAUAAUGAGAAUGACAUUGUUCAUCUUGAGUCGACCGAUAGACUCGGUUCCUGUUCAGCUCUCCGUUUUGGAUGCUCUUAGUACAUUGGUCUCGAAGCGAUAUCUAUUCCUUUCUUCAAACGAAGCAUGGUUCUUUGCAUCGUUGACUCAUUUGAUUUUCAUGUUAUCAGUGACACCUGAUGUUCUGUUUCAAUUCCAGGACAACUCGUCUUCGUCGGAUUUGGAUAGAACAAGUGCUCAAGUAGCAAUGUGUGCAUGUCGUGUCUGGUCUGAUGUAAUUUGUGCAAAACAAGCACUGAUCGAAGAGACAUUCAAGAAACAAUCGGUGACCGAUAUCAACGCUGCUCGUGCUCUUCUCUCCCAUUCUGCUGGGGUCUAUUGGCAACAGUUUGUGGAUUCUCAGUUGAGAGCAAUUCAGACUGGAGGUUCUUCUGCUCAGGGAUCAGCCGUCACUGCGAAGGAUAUCAUUCAGCAGCAAAUUAGCUCGAAGUUCAACCGCGUUGCUUCAGGAAUUACUCGAUUUGCUGCGAAGCGAUCAAUGAGCACAACUACUGCUCUACCAUCAUCCGGAUCGGUGGCAGCAUGGAAGAGUACAUCAACUGACAAGCAAGUAAUAUUCAUGUGGCUCCGAGUUCAUGUCAGUCUUAUCAAAGAGCUCGUAAGAGCCCAGAGCACUCGAUACACGGAAUGGCAUGCUCAUGUUCGUAAGUGGUGUCUGCAUGAUUGGCAUCAAUGGGAAGCUGAGCUGACUCGUGAACGAGGAAUUUGGGGACCCGAACGAGCAUCGAAGCUGGAAAAGUUCAAGUUGGAUCUCACAGAAGGUCCGACGACUCGAAUGCGACGGAAAUUAAUUCCCAAUCGAAAUUUCUAUCAUAUUUAUCCAUUCCGACCACAUUUGGAAGCUCCAUCCGCCAAGGCUCAACGAGCAAAAGUUGCGAUUUCAUUCGAUUCGAAGCCAUACUAUGAAACUUGCCUUAGACAUCGUCGCCGGACACUUGACACUCGAAUUAUUGAUUCUUCAAAUGUUUCGACAGCUUCACCUGAAGAUGGAUCUGGAUCUUCCAAUUUAUUGGGAUAUUCGUUUACCGAUUUGUCGCUUUCAGAAAUCAAUUCCUCACUGAUCCGACGUUUAUCAACCACAGCUCCAGCCACCUCCAAUGUAUCUGGAACAAGCCUAGAGUUGAAUGAAGAAGAAUGUGAAACAUCGGAACGAAAAGAAGACGAUGAGUCGAUUUCUUCAAUUUCAGAGAAAACUGAUAGUAAUGGUGUACAAUCAUCUGGGCCUUCAACAUCAUCAAAUACAACGAAAGAAGCUAAGAAAGAGGAGAAAAAAGAGGAAAAGAAGGCUGGACCAGAUAAUCAGACACUUUUAAGACUUCUGGAACAAGGAGAGCAACUCCACUCAAUGUUCAGAUGUGCAAGAAUUCAAGGAUUAGAAACUGCGGAAGGAUUGCUACUUUUUGGAAGAGAUCACUUUUAUGUUGUGGAUGGAUUUACUCUUCUCAAAACAAAAGAAAUUCGAGAUUUGGAUUUUUUGAGUCAAGAGAUGCAUGAUCCGAUUGUACCGUAUCCGGCUACAGGUGCUACACAGCCACCGAAAUCUUCGAGACUUUGUUCGAAAUUUAGUUAUAACAUGAUUCGGGAAGUUCAUAAGAGACGAUAUUUAUUGCAACCUAUUGCUCUUGAAGUGUUCAGUUCGGAUGGACGAAAUUAUUUAUUGGCAUUCCCGAAAAAGAUUCGAGAUCGAGUUUUUGAUAAAUUAACAUCAAUGGCAAUCAAUCUCUCAUCAGGAGGUUCUGAUUCAUUGGGAGGACAGAAAGCAAAUGUGGCAAUUGAAACAACUGGACGUGGAGCAUCUCUACUCUCAUCACUUAUUGGCCAACAAUCAGUAACUCAACGAUGGCUCAGUGGAAAUAUAUCAAAUUUCCAAUAUUUAAUGCAUUUGAAUACUUUGGCUGGAAGAUGUUAUAAUGAUCUUUCACAAUAUCCGAUAUUCCCAUGGGUUCUCGCAGAUUAUACAAGUUCUCAGCUGGAUUUUAAUAAUAUUUCUACAUUCCGAGAUUUUUCAAAACCAAUGGGAGCACAAUCACCUGAUCGACUGGAACAAUUCUUAAAAAGAUUUAGAGAAUGGGAUGAUCCAUCUGGAGAGACUCCACCGUAUAUGUAUGGAACACAUUAUUCAUCUGCGAUGAUUGUUGUAUCAUAUCUUGUUCGAUUGGAACCAUUCACUCAACAAUUUUUAUCACUUCAAGGUGGACAUUUUGAUCUUGCAGAUCGAAUGUUCCAUAGCGUCGGCGAUGCAUGGACAUCAGCUUCUCGUAACAACAUGGCUGACGUGAAAGAGUUGAUUCCCGAGUUCUUCACAUUACCCGAGAUGUUCACGAACACGAAUCAUUUUGAUUUGGGUGUCAAACAGAACGGUAUUCAUGUCAAUGAUGUGCUUCUGCCAGCGUGGUGUCAUGGAGAUCCACGUGAAUUUAUACGACUACAUAGACAAGCGCUGGAAAGUGAUUAUGUAUCAUCUCAUCUUCAUGAAUGGAUUGAUUUGAUUUUUGGAUAUAAACAAAAUGGAGAAGAAGCAGUGAAGAAUAGUAAUCUAUUCCAUCAUCUUUUCUAUGAAGGAUCAGUUGAUUUUGAGAGAAUCGAUGAUCCUCUCACUCGAAAUGCAACCAUCGGAUUUGUGAAUAAUUUCGGACAAAUACCAACUCAACUAUUCAAGAAACCGCAUCCUCAGAAGAAGGUUAAUAUUCUUGAAGGAUUCAGUAAUACUCCUGGAGUAACAACUUCUCGAUUAUUCUACCAUGCUAUUCAUAAUAUGUCGGCUCCCCAGACCCCAUUCAAAGAGCUCCGAUCGGCGAUUGGUUCUAUCCAUCAGAAUGAUAAGAUUGGAGUAGUUGCAUUGGAACAGAAUAAGGUGUUCAUUGGAACUAAUAGAUAUAUUACAUGGGGCCUACCGGAUCGAAGUGUUCGAAUGGGACAAAUUGAUAAUGAUAAAUCGGUUUGUGUUCAUGAAAUGUGUGAAGUUGACGAGAUGACGUGCGCGGCAGCUGGAGAUGAGACAACGCUGUUCUGUGGAAAUACUUCUGGAUGUAUUACGGUAUGGAAAGUGAACAAUAAGCCAUUAUCCAUGAAGAAGCUGUCAGUGUUGAAUGGACAUUCCGAUGCAAUCACUUGCUUGGUUUCUUGUCAAUCCCAUGCUGUCCUUGUCUCUGCGUCUCGUGAUCUGACUGUUCUCGUAUGGCAUCUUUCUGAAAUGUUCUUGAUCCGACAACUUCCAAAACAUCCACAUGCAGUUCUUGCUGUUGCAGUCAAUGAUGCGACUGGAGAUAUUGCCACUGCCUGUUCUACUCUCUUACAUGUUUGGACUCUAAACGGAGAACUCCUUGCAGUUUUGAACACGUGCGACGUGGCACCGGCGAUUGAUCCACAACAGAUGAUCAUAUCGUUAGCCUUCUCUACUAUGAACGAAUGGGAUAAUGACAAUGUAAUAAUGUGUGGAACAUCUGAUGGAAUCGUAAAAAUCUAUUCUUGUGUUGUAUUCGAGAAUGAUGGAAGUGUCAGUGAGCAUCCAGCUCUUGAGAAUCCAAAUUCCAAUUCCAACGAGAAUCACGAUAGAUCUGCUGCCAUCGCAGCUCGUCUUGAAAAACAGCGAAAACGUCUCAAAAAUAGCUCUACAACUGCCACGUCAUCAAGUGUAUCAGGAUCCGGAUCGGCAUCCCUCACUUCUCCAGGUCCGGCGAGUCCUUCAGCAGGUGGAAGUAGAGCAACAAAUAUUGAUGUCGGUGGAGCACAAUUUGUGAGAGUUCUUGUACAACGAACUGCUCUCACAAUGCACACGGCAUUCAAUCGACCUGAUAAUGUGCAUCCUGCUCCGAUUACUGCAAUUGCGCCGAGCAGAGAUCAUCGUUCACUGUAUGUCGGAGAUGGAAUCGGCCGUGUAUGGUGCUGGCAGAGUGCAGAAGGUGGUGGAAGAGCUGAUCAUUGGGUACAAGAUGUUACAAGACAACGAUGUGAUGAUUGUGAGCACAAAUUCACACUUGCCGAUCGAAAACAUCAUUGCAGAAAUUGUGGACAAAUUUUCUGUUCAACAUGUUCCCGAUUCGAGUCCCACAUCACUCGAAUGAACAUUUCACGACCAGUUCGAGUAUGCCGAAAAUGUUUCCAGCGACUUCAGCAAUCUUCAAAUCUUCAUAAUUUAUAAAUGUAUUUAUUUCAUUUAAUUUGAAUUUACCAUUUUUCUUUUUCCUUUAUCUCAAAUCUUCCUGUGCAUACCAUUUUUUUCUCACUUUUUCCGUUCUUGUCAAAUCUAAUAUUUUCUAUUCCUGUUUUAUACAUAAUGCUUCUUUUUUCUUUUCAGCGGGUUUCUGUGUCUAUCAGUUGUUUAAUUUAUUUUCAGUUUUCAUCUUUCUUAGGCAUGUUUUCCCGCUUAUUUUCCCUUCAAAAUGUUUGUACCCAGACUAUUUACUCAUAUUUCUUUCCAGCUUUUCAAAAAUAUCAUCUCUUUUUUCCAGUUUUAGCUUUCUUUGUCGAGUAGCUUAUGUCUAGAUUUAUAUAAAGUUUCAAUGAAUAUCUA